AUGGAUACUUCUCUGCUAGUAUCUGUGUCAAUAGCUAUGAUCAGCUGCUGGCUCAGAAGUCCGGAUGAGUUUGAGGGUGUAGUUUUACAACUGCAUGAGUCGCUAAUGAGCGCGUUCUCUGAUUGGAUCAAUGAGAAAUUGGUGUCUAAAGCAUCGUUAUUGCGAGGCACAUUCGUUGUAGCUCUCCGAGAAGCAGAGUUCUUCAACAGCGACAACGCAGCCGAGCAACAACGCGUUCACUAUCCCGGGACAUUUGUCCCAUGGCUCAUGACUAUCCGAGAUCGUUGGAAGCGACUCAUCGUUUCUCUCUUCAAAAUCGACACCUACCUCUCAAUAGUCCGCUUUCAAGCCCCAACCCUCUUCCGAGAAGAGAUUGACCUCACAAUGCCAGCAACUUACUCUCUCUGGAACGCUUACGGUCUCAACAUCUUUUUCAAACGCAUCACCCUCGAACCAACAGACCGAUCAAAUUUCAAACUCUCAGAAGUCAUCGCCAACCCCAACACCCCAGCAAAACCUCUUCUCCUCUUCGAGGAUAUUCAUCUCGCUCUGUGUGGCUUGCUACCUGCCAUUUGGAAUCAGACUCAAAUUGUUCGUCGGAGUACAGAAGCGGGUCGAUCAACGCAGAAUUGCACUUCUUCUCUUGCCUGGCAGCUUGAGGCGUGGAAAGCUGAUAUUGAGAGAUUGAAGCAUCAGUGUUUUCAUGCUGCUGAGGUUGGAGAGUUUCCUUUUACUGCUUACAUCGGUGAUUAUGACGAAGAUCCGAGUGUUUGA